AUGAUUUAUCUUACUUUUACAUUAUCAUUUUUAUCUCUAACUAAAGAAAAGGCCACUAGAAGGGAAAAUCAGAGCGAUGUGUCUAAGUUUCUCCUGCUGGGACUGCCAAUGUGGACAGAGAAGCCAGGGAUCUAUUAUAUUCUGUUCCUGAUCUUGUACUUGACCACAGUGCUGGGGAACCUGCUCAUCAUCCUGCUCAUCCGGCUGGACUCUCGUCUCCACACCCCCAUGUACUUCUUCCUCAGCCACUUAGCCCUCACUGACAUCUCAUUCUCAUCAGUCACAGCCCCAAAGAUGCUCUUCAACAUGCAGACACAGAGUCAAUCCAUCUCAUAUGCUGGGUGCAUUUCCCAGGUGUAUUUUUUUUUAUUGUUUGGUGAUUUUGACAGCCUCCUUCUUACCUCCAUGGCUUAUGACAGGUAUGUGGCUAUUUGUCAGCCUCUUCACUACACCACCAUCAUGAAUCAGAGCCUCUGUUUCCUGCUAGUAACUGUGUCCUGGGUUUUUUCUGCUGCAGUUGCACUUUUGCACACUCUCUUCUUGGCCCGUCUCUCUUUCUAUGGAGACAACAUUGUUCCCCAUUUCUUUUGUGACCUUUCUACCUUACUUAAGCUGUCCAGCUCAGAUACCACAGUCAAUGAGUUGCUUAUUUUCACUGCAGGUGUGGUGGUCAUUACUGUGCCCUUCAUCUGCAUCUUGGUCUCUUAUGGUCACAUUGGUGCCUCUAUUCUGAGGGUCCUCUCCUUCAAGGGAAUCUUGAAAGCCUUGUCCACAUGUGGCUCUCACCUCACUGUGGUUUCUUUGUACUAUGGAUCCAUUAUUGGACUGUACUUUUUCCCUUCAUCCAAUAAUUCCAAUAACAAGAAUGUCAUUGUGGCCUUAUUAUACACUUUGGUCACUCCCAUGCUAAAUCCCUUUAUCUAUAGUCUGAGGAAUCAGGAUAUGAAAGGAGCUCUGGGAAAUGUACUGUGUAAAGGGAGAUUUUCAACAAGAUGUAUUGUAACUUAA